UGCCUUAGCUGUAGUGGUGAAAAUGGGAAAAAUUUAUAAGGUAGCGGUCGUCGGAGCUGGCACGGCAGGGCUUCUUACGGCCAGGGAGCUUCAAAGAGAAGGUCACCAUAUCACUGUUUUUGAAAAGGCCGGCAAAGUUGGCGGUAUUUGGCUCUAUAAUCCACGGGUGGAGUCCGACCCAUUGGGACUUGAUCCGAAUCGCGAAAUAGUUCACAGUAGCCUGUACAAAUCCCUUCGAGCUAACCUUCCUAGGCAGGCCAUGAGCUUCUUGGACUAUCCAUUUGUGAAGAAAGAAGGUGGGGAUCCGAGGACUUUUCCGGGUCAUGAAGAAGUGCUCAGGUUUCUUGAUGAUUUCGCCAGGGACUUUGGGUUGAUGAAGCUGAUUCAAUUUGGACAUGAAGUGAUUCGGGUAGAGCUAGUUGAUGAGCUGACUCAUGAGUGGGUUGUUGAGUCGAGGAUUCGAAAAACUGAGUCAACAUGGGAAUCCAAGGAGGAGUCGUUUAAAGCUGUAGUUAUAUGUAAUGGUAAUGAAUCGGAGCCAAACGUUGCAGAUUUUCCUGGCAUAGAUACUUGGCCAGGAUUACAAAUGCAUAGCCACAACUAUCGUACUCCUGAAGCGUUUGAAAACAAGAUAGUGAUUCUCAUUGGGAAUGGACCAAGUGCAGUUGACAUUCUGAAAGAGAUCUCCCCUCUUGCAAAACAAGUUCAUUUGGCUGUUAGAACACCUAGUUUUCAGAUGAUAAGGGUGGAAAAUUAUGCUAACGCUUGGCAACAUUCAAUGAUUGAAUGUGCACUGAAGGAUGGUAAGGUGGUAUUCCAAGAUGGUUCUAUUGUUGAUGCAGAUGUCAUUAUUCAUUGUACUGGGUACAAAUAUCAUUACCCAUUUCUCAAGUCAAAUGGGAUAGUUACUGUGGACGACAAUCGUGUUGGACCUAUGUAUAAACAUGUAUUUCCACCAAGCUUAGCUCCUUGGCUCUCAUUUGUGGGACUAAAUAACAGGGCGGUUGUGUUUAGGGUGAUGGAAUUACAAGCGAGAUGGGUGGCAAAAGUUUUGUCUGGCACGGUGGAGCUUCCGUCCGAAGAAGCAAUGGCAGUUUCUGUUGAAGAGCAUUACAGUGAGAUGGAGAAGGCCGGAGUGCCCAAGCGUCAUACUCAUAGCCUUAUGAUGGAGGAGGUUGAAUAUGUAACUUGGCUUGCUACUCAGUUGAACAUAAAGCCCCUGAAAAUGUGGAAAGAAAUAACGGUAUUCUCCUUCGUAGAAGGGAUAUUACAUUAUGGUGAAAAUUUUAGGGAUAUAUGGGACAUUGACAAAUGGAUACAAAAAAUAGAUUCUUCCGAUUAACUUCCGCAUACCAUAAAUGCUAUAAAUAAUGUUG